AUGAACCCUUCAACCCACUCCACUCCCUCCCACGCAAUCGAAAGCGAUGUCACCCCGAUCGCAAGAUCAUCUUCACCCCCAGGAACGGUGCUACCCCCGCCUCCCUUCCCAUCCGGCCGCCGGCCCACCGCUGUGGCGCCCGAACCUGUGUUUCAGCCGUGGAGACCAUCUGAUCGUGUCCUUAGCCUCACACUUGAGCAGAUUGAAGAGGUUCGAAUGCGGCUUAAUGUGGAUGUGACAGUUGCCGCUGAUUCCCCUCCUGCCCCUUCACCUGUUGAAUCUUUUACUGAUAUGUGUCUUCACUCGAGCAUAAUGAAGGACAUUGCCCUUCAUGAGUACACCAGGCCAACCCCUAUCCAGGCACAAGCCAUGCCAGUUGCUCUUAGUGGGAGAGAUCUUUUAGGUUGUGCUGAGACUGGGAGUGGGAAAACUGCAGCCUUUUCUAUUCCUAUGAUUCAGCAUUGCUUAGCCCAACCACCAAUUUGCCGUGGGAAUGGACCUUUAGCAUUAGUCUUGGCUCCAACAAGAGAACUUGCUCAACAAAUUGAAAAGGAGGUUAAAGCUUUCAGCAAAUCUUCAGAAUCAAUAAAAACUGUGGUGGUUGUGGGAGGAACAAAUAUGUCUGAGCAGAAAUAUGAGCUACGGGCAGGAGUACAUAUUGUGGUUGCCACACCUGGAAGAUUUAUUGAUCACUUACAGCAAGGAAAUACAUCUCUUUCGAGGAUAUCUUUUGUUGUUCUAGAUGAGGCUGACCGGAUGCUGGACAUGGGUUUUGAACCUCAGAUCAGAGAAGUGAUGCAAAAUCUUCCCAGGAAGCACCAGACUUUGCUUUUCAGUGCAACUAUGCCAGUGGAGAUUGAAACACUAGCUCAAGAAUACCUGCACAUCCCGGUGCAGAUUAAGGUUGGAAAAGUAAGCAGUCCAACAGCAAAUGUUGCUCAAACCUUGGAGAAGGUUACUGAUGGUGAAAAGAUUGAUAGACUUCUCUCAUUGCUUGUGGAGGAUGCAUCUCAUGCUGAAAAUUCCGGUUACUACCAACCCCUUACAGUAGUUUUUGUUGAGAGAAAGACGAGAUGCGAUGAAGUUGCAGAUGCAUUAGUUGCACAGGGUUUGCAUGCGGUUGCACUCCAUGGUGGUCGCAAUCAAAGUGAACGAGAAGCAGCUCUUAAUAAUUUUAGGAAAGGCACUACCAAUAUCCUGGUUGCAACUGAUGUUGCAUCUCGUGGUCUAGAUGUCACUGGAGUUGCUCAUGUUAUUAAUCUUGAUCUUCCAAAGACUAUGGAAGACUAUGUUCAUCGCAUUGGGAGGACAGGCCGUGCAGGUUCCGUAGGUCAAGCUACAUCCUUCUACACUGAUCGCGACAUGUUCUUAGUGGCCCAAAUAAGGAAAGCCAUUUCAGAUGUGGAAUCUGGUAACACCAUUGCAUUUGCUUCUGGGAAGGCUGCCAGGAAGAAGGAGAGGGAAGCUGUUGCUGCUCAGCGUGAAGCAAGACUAACAUUGUCAAACAUCACGCUAAAUGGUCCAGCACUGAUAAAUGUGGAUGAGAAAUAUCGAUACAUGCUCACUCCCACGACAACCAAACAGGAGGGUGUUGCAGAUGAUGCCUGGGAUGAUUAACAGGCAAUUCCCACUCUCUACACACUUGGCACAAACUACAGCAUUGUGCCUGACUUUACAGACUUAUAAUCGCCACAACUCGGAAUGACAAUGUUGAUGGUGGAGACAAAUGAAGUUGGAUCAAUGUGAAUCAUGCACUGUUUGUAUUUUUAAGCUUGAAGCGCUCGUGUGGUGUGGAAGCUUGUCUCAUCCUUGUAAAUUUUUUUUUCACGUUGUUUGUGUUUUUUUACUCUUUUUGGUUCCCUGCGCUUAUGGAGUUUUAAGUUUGAGUGCUGUAGUGUAGUGUGGGUGCAUUAACAUUUGUGACGAAAUGGUUUCGCCUGACGAUGUUAUAGCGUUGUUUUCUCUACUGCUACCACUAUCCAAUGUCUAGGUGCUUACGCCUAAGCUGAUAGUUAGGAGUAGUAGGAAUAUUUACGUCUUCAAACUUAUAAAGACACAAAUUAAUUCAUA